CUAGCCGAUCAGCUGACUGCUAACCUAUUAAAACAAGUGGAGGCAACAAUGAGGAAAAAUAAAGGGAAAACCAAUGCAACUGAAAAGGAGUUUGUGUUUGAGUUCAAGGCAGGAAAAAAUCACUGUGUCCUCAGAGUACCACUUCAGUUCCCCCUUUGCGAAAAUGUCAGUGACCUUCAUGGGCGGAUCAUGCUGCUUCAUAAAAUCCCCUGUUUUGUAGAAAAUGAGUUGAAAAAAAGACUUGUCAGUUUCACCGAAAGGGAAACGUUAGAAGACUAUGACAGAGAGGCAGAGGCAGCCCUGCAGAGGCUCACUAUUGGAGAGGUCGAUAUCAACAAACUGACAAAUUCCUGGGCUAAGGUGUAUUCUGAGACUACAUUGGAACAUGCCCGUCCGGAGGAACACAGUUGGGAUGAGGAUUUUGCGAGUGUAUACCAUGAGCUGAUCCACUCUCCAGCCUCAGAGACCCUACUCAACCUGGAGCACAGUUAUUUUGUCAGUGUUUCUGAGCUUAUCAGCGAGCGAGACAUGGAACUCAAGAAAUUACAGGAGAGACAGGCUGCAGAGAUGAAUAAAGUCAUGCAGGAGCUAGGGAAGACUUUAUGUGACCAGGAUGUAAAUAAUGUGGCUGCCCAACACUUUGAUGCACAGCAGGUGCUGGAGAACAAGUGGGCCAGUGAACUGAAGCAAGUCACAGGUAUCCAGAAACAAGAGUAUCAGGAGUGGGUGAUGAAGCUUCAUCGGGACCUACAGAACCCCAACAACAGCACUAUCAACGAGGAGAUCAAGGUGCAGCCCGGUCAGCUGGGGGAGGCCGGGGAGGCGGGGGAUCGGCUCUUCGAGGUUCAGCGACAGCUGGAGGAGAGCUUCACCAUCCACUUAGGGGCUCAGCUGAAGACCAUGCACAACCUGCGGCUGGUUCGAUCCGACGUGCUGGGCUUCUGUAAGCACCAUCGUCACAGCAGCAGUGGGGUGAAGUUGCGACGACUGCAGACCGCCCUCUCGCUGUACUCCACCUCUCUCUGCGGCUUAGUGCUGCUGGUCGACAACAGAGUCAACUCGUACAGCGGCAUUAAGAGAGACUUUGCCACAGUGUCCCAAGAAUGCACAGACUUCCACUUCCCCAGAGUGGAUGAGCAGCUUGAAAUUGUCCAGCAGGUGGUGCUGUAUGCACGAGCGCAGCGCAGCAGCAAGCAGAAAGAGCAGCCUGUGAUGCCAAGAAAUGGAGGUAGCGAGGACAAAAAUAAGAUAACAGACAGAAAUUCUUCCAAUAUCCUCCCAGGUGAAUUCUACAUCACUCGCCACUCAAACUUGUCUGAGGUUCAUAUUGUUUUCCACCUCUGUGUGGAUGAUAAUGUGCGCUCUGGAAACAUCACAGCCCGGGAUCCAGCCAUCAUGGGCCUGAGGAACAUCCUGAAGGUCUGCUGCACCCAUGACAUCACCACUAUUACCAUCCCACUGCUGCUGGUGCAUGACAUGUCUGAGGAGAUGACUAUUCCCUGGUGUCUGAAACGAGCAGAGCUGGUCUUCAAGUGUGUGAAAGGUUUUAUGAUGGAAAUGGCCUCCUGGGAUGGAGGAAUCUCACGGACUGUCCAGUUCCUUGUUCCACAGAGUAUCUCAGAGGAGAUGUUCUACCAACUGAGCAACAUGCUGCCUCAGAUCUUCAGAGUCUCCUCAACGCUCACGUUAACAUCAAAACGCUGACAGAGCCAUACAUGCACAGGAACAUUGCCCCGAAGCAACCCUUGAACUCGCAACACUUCAGCUGCCAAUAUGGAGAACAUCAUGUCACUUUUGACUCUUACACUGAAAAAAUUACAUGUGGCUCCAUUUGGGUUUCCUCAGGUUACCACAAAGGCAGGAUCCUUCAGAAAACCUCUAGCCAUCCUUUCUAAAGGGGCAUUUGUAUGAGGUGCUUACAAAAUGGAACCUAUAGAUUCCUACAAGAGCUUUGUAGUAACCCCAUUAUAAAGGGAAGGCACUUGAGAAAUAUACACUCACCAAGCUUUUUAUUAGGAACACCUGUACACCAACUUAUUAAUGUGAUUAUCUAAUCAGCCAAUUGUGUGGCAGCAGUGCAAUGCAUAAAAUCAUGCAGAUAACGGUCAGGAGCUUCAGUUAAUAUUCACAUCAACCAUCAAAAUGGGGAAAAAUGUGAUCUCAGGGAUUUUGACUGUGGCAUGAUUUUUGGUGCCAGACGGGCUGGUAUUUCUGUAACUGCUGAUCUCCUGGGAUUUUCACACACAACAGUCUUUAGAGUUUACUCAGAAUGGUUCCAGAAACACAAAAUAUCCAGUGAGCGGCAGUUUUCUAGACGGAAAUGCCUUGUUGAUGAGAGAGGUCAAUGGAGAAUGGCCAGACUGGUUCGAGCUGACAGAAAGGCUACUGUAACUAUACAAUUGUUGUGAGCAGAAUAGCAUCUCAGAAUGCACAACAUGUCAAACCUUGAGGCGGAUGGGCUACAACAGCAGAAGACCAUGUUGGGCACUUUAUUAGGACCAUAGUGUUCCUAAUAAAGUGCUUGGUGAGUGUAUAUUGAAGAACGGGUACCUAAAUGUUCUCCGGAGGGUUUCACCAGUUUGGCAAUCUGAGGAACUCCAAAUGGAACUCCAAAUUUUCAGAUAUUACAAUGAAAAAAUACAAACCGUAAGCUGUUUUGAUAUGCACUGUCAUGUUGUUUAUACAAGCCUGUCACAAGAGACCUAGCACCAUGUCCUGAUUAUUUCAAUCAUGAAUUUUCACUAAAAUUCAUAGUUUUGUACAUUCCAAAUCAGAAAUGGCAUUAUAUAUCAGAAGGGAGUGUGUUCAGAGUUUUUGCUCUUUUUCAACUGUGAUACUGUGGUAUUCAUCUAAUGCUGCAUGGGAAAUAGGUAAUGCCAAGACAAGCUGUGUGUUUGUGCUGCAUUGCAGACAACCACCUUUGGCCCCUUGUGUCAUCUUUACUCCCACAAACACCAGAUGGCGCUGUUUUGAAGUGCAUAUCCAGUAGCUUAUUAGAGAAAGUUUGAGGUAACCAAAGCUGCUGAUUCCACAUGUCAAAUGAAACCAACCGUCUCGGGCAUCAUAAGUGAUUUACCAUGUGUUUUUUUAUUAGGUGCCAAUUGUAAGCCCUGGCACGUAUGCAGCUAUAUUUGAAGUGUGUAAUCGUCAAAAAGGGGGGCAUUACUUUUGUUUCUUGAAGCUUGAAAGCAGUUUCAACUGUUUUUUGUUUUUUUAACAAAAGUUUACCUCAUUUAUCUUUUAUUUCUAGAAGCAGCACACUGAAAAGUUAUCUAUAUAGUGUCAGUCAGGAAAAUGGGGAAUUGAUAUCCAGUUGGUUUGUAAUAUAUAUACAUAUACAUACAGUACUGUGCAAAAGUUUUAGGCACUUGUGAAAAAUUUUGCAUAGUAAGGAUGUCUUCAAAAAUAAUGACAUAAAUAGUUUUCAUUUAUUACUUAAUGUCAUACAAAGUCCAGUAAACAUAAAAAAGCUAAAUCAAUAUUUGGUGUGACCACCUUUGCCUUUAAAACAGCACCAAUUCUCCUCGGUACACCUGGACACAGUUUUUCUUGGUUGUUGGCAGAUAGGAUGUUCCAAGCUUCUUGGAGAAUUCACCAUAGUUCUUCAAUCUAUUUUGGCUGUCUCAAUUGCUUCUGUCUCUUCAUGUAAUCUCAGAAUGACUCGAUGUUCAGUGGGGGGCUUUGUGGGGGCCAUGACAUCUGUUGCAGGGCUCCCUGUUCUUCUAUUCUAAUCUUUAUAUUUGCAAAAGUAAUGUUUGGGAGUCUAAAAUAUAUUUUUCCUAUUGACACACUAAAGCUGAAGAUAUAAAUAAUCAUCUUAAGACAAAUGCUUUUGUGAAACAUCUUAAGUGCCUAAAACUUUUGCACAGCACUGUAUAUAUUGGUAAUGCUUUAAAGAAAAUCUGCAUGUUAACUACUUUCUAGUAAGUCUUUUAUGGGAUUCAUCCUAAUGAGGAUAUUACCAUACAAAGUUGCAAAGUAGGCCUAAUCUGAGGGUUAACGAAUUUACAUCAGUAUUAGCCUUUUGUUUGAGACCACUGACAUGGUAAUCACCAGUGUUCGGUGCUAAAUGUCAAUGCCUUGUAAAUACAGUGCACUCCAUCAAUUCAA